UUAUAUUAGUGCCCAGAACACUGCUACCUUUAAUUUAAAAACAUAAAACGCCCCAUUGAAGUCUGCUGUGGAAGAGAAAUAAACUGUCAGUCAGUAUGACAUGCAUCGAUGAAUUGCCGUCGAUCUUAGAAUCACCUCCGCACACUUCACUCAUUUGGGCAGACACGGGGCCAAAACCAGAGUGUGGAGCCACAGUGUGUGGCGGUGGAGGCAGCAAGCAAUGGGAUGGCCAUACAGCACCCUACUGACAAAAUGGACAUCCACCAGCAGUGUGAGGAGACCUAAAAGUGGCACAUGGCAGAGUGUGGCGAUGGAGAAGACAGCAGCAAUGGGAGGCCGUACAGGGACCCAUGGUCCCACUCCUGGACCUGGCAGCAGCAUGAGGAGGCGGUACAGGGGGCCCAUGACAGAUUACGGGCCUGGCAGCAGCGAUGAGGAGUCGGUAGGGGGGCCUAUGUAAAAAAGCCCCCCAGCCAGCAGUGUGGGGAGACGACUAUCAAGAGUCCA